UCACCAUUUGUCCCUUUUCCCAAAAAUACAAAAUCCCUGACACAGCUCCCAACCCCGAUGUGCCACCGUUGUCGGGGAUCUGACUGUGGGGACAUUGGAAGAAAAGAAGACCAGCGAGAUAGCGAGAACGGCACAGAAGCCCCGAGUCAACAUGAUGCUGACAAGAAUUGUGUUAGUGGGGCUGAUCUGCUGUUCUCUCGUCUCGUCUGUGAAGGCUUGUGGGCCGGGCCGGGGUUAUGGGAGAAGGAAGCAUCCUAGAAAAUUAACCCCUCUGGCCUACAAGCAAUUCAUUCCGAACGUGGCAGAAAAAACUCUGGGGGCAAGUGGCAGAUACGAGGGGAAGAUUACCAGGAACUCGGAGAGAUUUAAAGAACUGACACCCAAUUACAACCCAGACAUUAUUUUUAAGGACGAAGAGAACACGGGAGCUGACAGGCUGAUGACACAGAGGUGUAAAGAUAAACUGAACUCCCUCGCGAUCUCGGUGAUGAACCAGUGGCCCGGGGUGAAGCUAAGAGUGACAGAGGGCUGGGAUGAAGACGGCCAUCACUCCGAGGAGUCCCUACACUACGAGGGCAGAGCCGUGGACAUUACCACCUCGGACCGGGACAGGAGCAAGUAUGGCAUGUUGGCCAGGCUCGCCGUCGAAGCGGGUUUCGAUUGGGUCAACUACGAAUCCAAAGCCCAUAUUCACUGCUCGGUCAAAGCAGAAAACUCCGUAGCUGCGAAGUCAGGAGGUUGUUUCCCCGCUUCAGCCAGAGUGAGCCUCGAGAACGGAGACACCAAACCAGUCAAGGACCUGAAACCGGGAGACCGGGUGCUGGCGGCAGACGAGCUGGGGAACCUUCUCUACACCGACUUCGUCAUGUUCCUGGACAGAGCGGAGGAGGCCGAGAAGGUUUUCUACGUGAUCGAGACGCGGGAACCUCGCCGGAAACUCGCCCUCACCGCGGCGCAUUUACUUUUCGUUGGGCACAGUUCGAGCGAGGGGCCGAUCGGGUUCAAGGCAACUUUCGCCAGCAGCGUGAGGGCGGGUCAGCUGGUGUACAUCACGGAUGGGGACAGCCAGCGGCUCUGGCCCGCCAGGGUCCACAAGGUUUACCUGGAGGAGAUGAAGGGUGCCUACGCCCCACUGACUGUCCAGGGCACCCUCGUGAUCGACCAGGUGCUGGCCUCUUGCUAUGCCGUGAUAGAGGAACACACACUGGCCCACUGGGCUUUGGCCCCUGUACGGAUGAGGCACGCAGCCAAAUCUUUACUUCUGACCAGCGACCCACUAAUGGUCAACAGUACUGUCCAGGAAGACGGAGUCCACUGGUACUCCAGCGCCUUGUAUCAAAUAGGCAGAUGGGUUUUGGAUGGCGCAUCUAUUCAUCCUCUGGGAAUGGCAUUGGACUCUAGCUGAAACCAUUUACAGCGAUUGCUGAUGGACUUUUACAGCAGAACCUACUCAAACACAAAGCAGAGUUUGGACGAGAAGACCCCAGGACGUUUUUGUUUUCGUGGGGAUAUUUAUUUCGUUUUGCAUUAUUGUAACUCUCUGUUUCUCUUGUCCUUUGUUUAUAACGUCUUCUUGUUUAACGGAAAAGAAACCGGAACUUUGAGAGCCUUAAAACUCCUUUGAUAAUUUAUUCCCAGGUGACCCCACCAGAACAGAAACUAUUUUGUGUGGUCAGCCAAGGAGAGCAGAAUAUAUUUUUCUAUCUGUUUUGUCCCGUGAAGCAUUCUACAAACGUUUGCAACGAAUUCUAUUGUCGAUGUAUUUGUAACCUCUUGUUCCCGCUCUCGCCCUGUAUCGUUUUUUUUAAUUUCUCUUGACUUUUGAACAAAGCUACAUUGGG